AUCGAAGCCGCACGCCAUAAUGCUCCCUUAUAAUGAAUUACCAGAAGCUCAUUGAAUUGGUUCGGAUAGAUGGUAACGUAGAACAACAGUUUUAAUUAUCAUGUCACAAAUGUCGAUUUUCUGUAUGUUUUAGUGCACUAAGACCAGUGCAUUUAAACCGGCUACAGUAAUACUAAGUAGCCUAAUCGUCAUUUGACUAUUAAUUCAUUUUGCCCACGUAGAUAAUCUUUGAGCUUUGAUAAAGGCUAAAUUAAAUAGCCCCCUGCCUUUUAAAUGAUUGUCAAUGAAGAUCCAGUGCCCCAGGCAGAGAACUACAAAGAGAAAUGUCCAAAUGGCAGUUUUGGAACCCUUGCUCUAACAGUGUGCUCAGCUGCCAUUGGUGGGACCUUCCAAUAUGGCUACAACCUGUCAAUCAUCAACGCCCCCACCAAUUACAUCCAGACAUUCAUUAAUGAAACCUACCAGGAGCGAUGGGGAAUCGGCCUGAACGUCUCUCAGGUCACUGUAAUCUGGAGCCUCAUUGUAUCUGCUUUCUCACUGGGUGGCUUAGCUGGGGCCCUGCUUGCGGGGCCAAUGGCUGUGCGUUGUGGUAGGAAGCAGUCACUGUUGAUCAACAACACCUUUAUGUUUGUAAGUUCCCUGUUGGUGGUGACCAGUAGGGCAGCAAAAUCUUUCGAGAUGAUUGUUGUGGCUCGGUUCCUGGUAGGGGUCAAUUCUGGGGUCAGCAUGAACAUCCAACCCAUGUACUUUGGAGAGAGCGCACCCAAACACCUGCGAGGAGCCGUGACGUUCUCCUCAGCUGUCUUCACUGCCUUCGGUAUCUUCAUGGGACAGGUGAUAGGUUUGACUGAGCUGCUGGGCAGCGAGCCCCUGUGGCCCUACCUGCUGGCUAGCAAUGCUUUGCCGGGCUUCCUCCAGCUCCUUACCCUCCCCUGGUUCCCAGAGAGCCCCCGCUACCUCCUCAUUGACCGGGGGGACCACCAGGCAUGCGCACUGGCCCUGGGGAGGCUCCGUGGGGGUCGCCCCCCUGUGGGGGAGAUGGAAGAGAUGCUGGAAGAGCAAAAGGCACUAGCGGUAUCAGCUGGCCGCUCUUCUGCCAAGACCAUCUGGGAACUGUUCUCGGACCGAACCCUACGACCCCAACUCCGGACAGUGAUGGUCGCCAGCAGCGCUAUGAUGCUCUGUGGAAAUGACGCCAUCUACUUCUACGCUUCCUCUAUCUUCCUGCAGGCAGGGGUGCAGCCUAAUCAGGUCCAGUAUGCCUGUAUUGGUACAGGGGCCUGCGAGUUCACUGCUGCUGUUGUCUGCAACCUGCUCAUAGAGAAGGUGGGACGCCGGAGGCUUCUCAUGGGUGGGUACGGUCUGAUGGCGUGCUGGGCGUUGGUCUUUACACUGGCACUCUCGUUAGAGGGCACGGUGCCAGGCAUGCCCUACCUCAGCGUGGUCUGUGUCUUCUCCUACAUCCUCAGCUUUGGUAUGGGCCCGGCAGGGGUGACCGGGGUGCUGCCUGCCGAGAUUUUUGAUCAGGCGGCGCGGCCAGCCGCCUACAUGGUAGCAGGGUCCCUCAUGUGGAUCAGUCUCUUCCUGGUUGGGAUGGUGUUUCCGUUUGUGGUCAGAGGGCUGGCGAACCUGUGCUUCCUGCCUUUCUUCUUUGUGUGCGUGACAUCCUCCCUGUUCGUGGGAAUGACUCUGCCGGAGACCAAGGGCCGGAGCCCGGCGGAGAUCAGCUUAGAGUUUAACAGGCUGAGGAUGAAGGACCAGAGGGGUGCUGGGGGCCAGGGAGGUGAUCCCAAGAAGGAGCACUAUCUGCAGGGUCAGCCAUGUCCUCGCUCCCUUCCACAGCUUCAGUUACUCUCAGAGUCUGGGGAUGGAGAUUGGGAGGGUUGCCCAGCUGACCCAAAACCUGCUGUAUGAAGCAGAGCAUUGGACCAGUGAGAAAGUUGCACUAUUAAUGGAUUUAUUGAUUCUGGUGCGUUAAGCCAUGCUGUAUUUACAGUACAUAAUAUUGUACUUAAUUAAAGCCAUGUCCUCUCAUAUACAUAGGUGAAGUUCUAAGAUGCUGUUGGUUUGAUCCAGGGGAUGGGAUUAGCUCAAUUCACACUUGAAUGCUACUGUAAAAAGCAAAACAUUAUGUUAUGAUAUGAAAAAUAUUUAUUUUAUAGUAUUUAUUAUUUUAUUAUCAUAAAAAAUAUACAUAGUCAUAAUCUUCAGUUGAAACUUGAAGAAACAUCACCAAGGUACCCAAACUGUAUGUUUACUUACUGAGAAGGAUUGUUGUUUUUGUUUUUGGUGACAAUCAGCUGAGAUGUGCCAACUUUGGUUAUUACAUAUGUAAGAAUGUUUUUGUACAAUACUGUAUGCACUUCCAAAUCGGUCAUGUGACCUUCUUAAGAUGCACUUGUAUUUCCAAACAAAUGCUGUUUGGUGUUCUUUUGGUUGUUUUUAAAUGACCACCAACAAUGCAUGUUACAGUGGUUUGAGUCUUCUGAUCAAACUUGUGGAAAUGACCCACUACUUGAAUGGCCCACAUUUGCCUUCAGUAUUUAGGAUCAUUUUUUGCACUACUAAAAACUAGGAAUCACCCCACCGAUAGAAUCAAAGAUUCAAGUGUCAUUACAUGCAGCUCCACUAAAUAACCACUAGAUAUCACCAUUUGUCUGAGGAAACCAUAUAUAUUCUCAGGAUUGCCUGUAGCUUUGAAUAUGUUAUCUAGCUGUGUGAGUAGUACCAUGUUACCAAAGAUUUAGUUAGUUAAGAUGGUACACUUCAUCAUUAGUCAAUAGGAACAUUUUCCGCAGGUUUCCGUGGUUACUAUAGUUAUCAAAUGCAUGAUUUGCUAAAGAUUGUUCUUGUAAUCAUUAUUCUCGUGUAACUUCAACUAAUUUCAUAAUUGAUUGGGAAGAUCAAGAUAUAGGAUGUUUUGUACUGUCACCUACUGUAACUUAUUUUAAGAAAAAUAAUGAAGAUAGUCUGAUAAUCAAAAAGAGUCUCUCUCAACUCGAGAGAAAAUGUUGCUUUAACGAAUUAGUGAUGUACUCCACACAUAUCAGCUUUCCCCAUCUUUUUCUUCAUUGCACUCUUGUACUUCACAUUAGUCUCCAUAUUUCCCCAUCUCUCUCUCCACCAUCUGUCGCUUUAUCCCCAUCUCUCUCUCUUCCCCAUAUAUCUCUCUUUCUCUCUCCCCUCUACAUUAUCACAAGUCCUAUAAGCCUACAUUGCGCUUCCCACAUAAUUUAAUGGCUAUUAUUCGUAGCUGUGAAGAAGUCUCUUACUUUAACCAAUUGCUGUGAAAGUAAUGACAGACUUCAGCUGUAUGAAGCAUUGUCUGUAUGCAUGUAACUGAUAUCACAUAAGGAACCUGUUAUAAAUAAACCCUAACCAUUUCUACCUGUAUGUACAGUAUAUUUACGCAGCAGAUGGGGAUUAGUCAGGCAUGACAGCUGAAUAGAAUUCCAUUCAACUGUAAUUUCCCUGCAAUGUUACUGAAAAUCCAAAUAAAACUGAAAACUUCAUGCAUUUCUUA